AUGCGAGGUGUUGUUAAAUUUUAGUGAAAUGUUUGGUUACACCAGCCACCUAGAAUGGGAGGCUGCAUAGGCAUAACGAGGGCAAGAAAUGCCUCCGUCGACAAUACUACAGGAAAUUCCACGAGAGUAAAUUCAGGAAAUUCAAGAAAAAAUCAUCCAUUAUGUCAUGAGGCAAUUAGAUGGAAAUCAGAUGUACCUUUGACAGAAGGACAGCUAAGAAGUAAAAGAGAUGAAUUUUGGGAUACUGCACCCGCAUUUGAUGGACGUAAAGAAAUAUGGGACGCAUUAAGAGCUGGGGCAACAGCAGCAGAAGCCCAGGAUUACCAAUUAGCACAGGCUAUAUUAGAUGGAGCUAAUAUUUCUGUGCCAAAUGGCUUUUUAACCGAAUGUUAUGAUGAACUGGGAACCAGAUAUCAAGUCCCUAUUUAUUGCUUAUCAUAUCCAAUUAAUAUUGUGAAGGAAGAUAGUGGAAGAGACUCCCCUGCGGACUGUUCAGAACCUAUUGAUAGUGGAGUUGAACAGACAUUGAAACUGAGAUUGUCAACUACAUUAGGAGAAGUUAAAUUGCCUGUUUACAGUAAAGAUACUAUUGCUACUGCUAAAAAGAAAUUGCAAAGUCAGGAAGGUCUAGAACCAUCUCGUCAAAGGUGGUUUUUCGGCGGAAAGUUAUUAGGUGAUAAAAUGCAUAUAGAAGAAGCAAAGAUACAACCAGGCUAUGUAAUACAAGUAAUUGUAAAUCCAGAAAAAUUGGAUGACAGUCCUGUAAAAACAAGUUGAGCUAAUGUUAUACAAGAUAUACAAGUCAUACUGAAUCAUUUUUCUCUGAUAAGCACAUUCUUACCUGCAUUCAAAGUAAGAAUAUCUUUUUUUUUUUUUUAAUUUUAUAUUGUGUCACUAUUAAGAGCAAAGCAGCAAUUCUUGAAGUGAUUUUUUAUAAUAAAAUGCACUUACAAUAUAAUUCUCAUAAUAUAUAUAAUUGUUAUAAGGAUUAAAUAAUAUUGCGUUUAAAUUGUGGGUUGUGAUUAUUUAAUUUUUAUUAAUUUAUAUGUUAGCUCAAAAGCAAAAUACAGUGCUAAAUACAUGCAAAAAUAAACUGUUAAAGAAUCCUUAUUAACGUUGGUUUAAAGUUAAACACUUAUACAAAAAGAUGUAUAAACACAAUUGGUAUUGAGAUAACACUUACCUCAUAACAGGAAUGUUGUUAUACUUAUUUGUUACUACCAACGAAGGUGCUGGUGCUGUAACACUUGGGAAACUAAGUAUACAUGUAGAAAAUUAUUCUAUGCUGCUUAUUAAAUCGUAUUGCAUAAUUAUAUGAUAUAAAAAUAAAAAUGUACACUUAAAGAAAGAUUAUAAUAAUAAUAAUAAUAAUAACAAUAACAAUAAUAAUAAGAAAAAUUACAUAAAUAAUUGAUGAAUAUAAAGAUACAAUGGACAAUAGUGAAAAAAAAGAAACAAGGUGUAUGCUAUAUAUUAUUGAAUUGCAUUUUUUUGUAUCUUUUACAGAUUCCAUUUUCUAAGCUUUUUGAAUUAAUAAUUAAUAAUUAUAAUUUUUCUAAGAAUAAAUUAAUAGAAAAGAUUAUUAAGAGCUUUUGUUGCAUAAUACGUAGAAUAUACAUAUAACAUUUUUGUUUAAAUUCAUUAAAUUUUUUUAAAUGUAUUGUGAAUGUUCAUAAGACAUAAAUUCGAAUUAUUUCACAAAAAUACAUGUUUGGCCUAUUAGUGGCCUAAAAUCUACGAUUCCUUCCUAUAAGUACUAAUAAGAUAUUAUAUAAGGUCUACACAGCUAAAUAAUGCACCGAGAAAAAAGAUAUAAGACUAAUUAAAUUACAUGUGGUGCAGAAUGUAUAAUUUUUAUACAAUUUUAUCGGCACAAUCACUAUCACAUCUGUGUUAAAUGUGCUUAUAAUAAAAUGAUCAACACAGUGAAAUCAGUACUGCUAGUUCAAUUUUAAUAGCACUUAAUUCUUACUUCUGCUCCACAUGUUGCACAGAAAAAAAUGAUAUAAAGUAUAAUUAUACAAAAUGAUAUAUUAUGCGUGUGAAUUUAUUGACUGUACUAACACAGCAGUGAUAAAGUUUGUUUUUCAUAUGCAUUGAUCAUAAAAUUAUAAUAUAUAGUAUUGCGUGUGCGUGUAUGUAUUAUACGUAAUAUAUAAAAUAUGUAUGUAUACAGAUACAUAUGUUGGUUUCACUAUUCUCAAUUUGAGUGUCAAAACAAACAUAUUUAAUCUUGUAAGUAACUUAUUUAUAAAUUGGGUAAUUGCAUACAAGUUAUAAUGAUAAAAAUGACUGGAAGCAAUCAUUAAAAGUAUGAACGUAAGUGUAUAAAAUCCUGUUCAUAUAAAGGAAAUGAAAUCUUGUGUUAUGCAUUUCUUUGAUACAUUAUAAAAAUUAGUGCAAAUAAAGGAAGCACUUGUUUUAAAUUUAAAUGUUUCACAUAUAUCAUUCUUUUAUUCACAUUAAUUAAUUGUGUUCAUUGACUAGUAGAUUUAUACACAAAAAAAUAAAAUACAAUAAUUUGUAAUAAUGCACUGAAGGAAUAUUCUUGUUUGAUCUAAUAUGUGAUUUCUUUGAUAAAACAAUAAUGUCAUCUAAAGUAUUAUUUUAGAUGAACUUUGGUCUAUGCACAAAUGACCGAUAGUUAACAAUCAAUUAAAAUGUAGGCCAGUUAAUUUUUAUGAUUGAUUCAAGACUCAAAGUUCUAUCCCCAAUAUAUAAUAAUAAUUAAAAUAGUCAAAAUUGGAACAUAUACCAUUUUUUCUAUCAGUUACGUGCAAUUAGGCUUGAGUUUAUAACUAUAGAUGGAAAUGACAUCGCAUUUAAAGAGAAAACAUUCGUUACCAAAAACUAAGAUAUAAGAUUCUCAAACAAUAAAUUCUAUCAGACUGAUAUUAGUUUUGCAAUGUAGGAUUUGAGUUAUUUGCAAUAUAUUGCGAGAGACUGCAUUUUAAGUUCAUUUUGAUUGAUGUUCAAACAAUACAGGAAGAUUAUUUUGUGUAUAGUAUCAAUUAAACUGUUUCACGCAUGUUCGUAUAAAGAUUUUAAUAUAAAUGUUGCGUUUUUUAAAGUAAUUUGUAUUUGUGUGAAUGAUAAUAUACAUUUUUCUUUAAUACUCAUGUCCGUAUAAUAUUAAGCAAAAAUAUGUGAUGCGGCUCAAGUGUCGUAUAAUAAAGUGAAAAUAUGACGAGUGUAAAUAAAAAGCGUUACAAUAACGAAAGUGCAAUUCAGAACGCCUAUUAAAUAUUGCUACUGCUUAAUAUUAAUAAUGCUAUGUUGGACCAAUAUAAGGCGUUUUAAAAGAAAAAUAUAAAAAAUCAAAGAUCGACUGAUUGGAGACGAGGUAGAACAACUGCCAAUAAAAAUAAAGUUGAAUUCAUUACUAAUCAGAAGUUAUAAAACAUUGAAAAAAACUUUUGGAAUGUUAAUGAAAAAUAUUAUUAUAAUUAGAUAGCAAUUACUGAUUAACCAGGGUUUACACAUUUUUUAAACUAAUUAAACAAAUUAUAUUAUUUACCAAAGUUGGUUUUCGAAAUUAGGUGUCAGUACUAACAUCAUUAAAUAUUUCAUAUAUGCUAAGCAUAAGAAAGAACAGCUGAUGUUAGUAACCAACUUUUUUUAAUUUAUAUUAAAGAUAUAAUCCAGUCAGGUUCGUAAAGUAUAAUCCA